AUGGCCAUUGUGGAUAGCUUUAAAAAGAUCUACAUAAGCAAAACUGUUGUUUGUGAGGAUUGUCUGAAGACUGUUUCCAUAUUUAGCAAAGUGUAUGUUUGCACUGUCUGUGGUGCCUUUGUUAUAUGUAAAAGGUGCCAUUCCGAACGUCACCCCUGUGCUGUUUGCUCAACCAUCAAUGAUCGACAAAUUGUUGAACGAUUUAAAGGACGGAAAGUCAAGUCCAUUGCCACUUUAAUGCAGAUGGGGUUCAAUGCAAUCACUGCGACGAACUCACUCAUCCGAUCAAGCUGGAACAUGGACGCUGCUGUUCAAAACGCUCUCACCACACAAAGCAAUGAGGAGGAGAAAAGAAAGAGAGAGGCAAAACUCGUCGUCAUGAAGAAAAAGGUUAAAUCGCCCAAUUUGAAACCAUCGUAUAUCACACUGCAACCACUGUCUUUUAACACACCCGACGACUUGGACAGUCAAAGCGACUCCGAAAAUGUCAUUUCAUACGAAACUCCAAAUAAGCCAAAGUACGAGAUCUUGACAAAGGAAGAUAUCUACAACUUGUUUCUCGACGAAAUCAAUACAUUUUCAGAGGUCAACGAAGUUGAAUUGGAUCAAUCAUCGAUCGCGGUGCUAUCUGGAGGGACAAACAAACCGAAAAAGAAUGGACCUUCGUUUGAGUUGUUCAUGAAGGAUGGGACAUGUGACAUAUGCUAUGAGGAAGGACGGUUGGUGGGAGAAAGGUGUGGGCACAUGUUCUGUGUUAAGUGUUGGAACGACAAUUUGAAAACAAACGCGACGUUUUCGUAUGACAGCUUCCAUUGUAUGCAAGCGGGAUGUGUACAACCGUUGUCGCUCCAAUUUGUUCUCUCGUACUGCUCUAAAGAGGUAAUUACACUCUACAAGAAAAUGGUUGUCCACAACUUUUUAGCACAACACCGCUCGUACCAGAGAUGUUGUGGAAAUGAGUGCGAGAGAGUGAUCCACGUAAUCCAUUCCGGAAAACCAAACAUCAAAGUUUCUUGUUACUGCGGCCAUGAGUUUUGCUUUGGUUGUGGAAGAGAGAGGCACGAACCAGCAACGUGUGCCGAAGUUGAGAAAUGGGAAGGACAGUACCAGGAGGAGGCGGAGAGUCAGCGCGCAAUUAAUGCAAUUUCAAAACCAUGUUUCCAUUGUGGGCUCAUGACCGAAAGGACAAAAGGGUGCAAUCACAUGACGUGUCCAAAGUGCCAUGGUGAGUGGUGUUGGAUGUGUAGAGGGGACUGGAAAAACCACGGACCGAAGACUGGCGGUUUUUACAGAUGCACACUCUACGAAAAGUCCGAGGCCAAAAAACUCGACGAAGAGGCGGAAAAGACAAAGUCGGAUGCCGAGAGGUAUGAGUAUUAUUACGAACACUUUUUGAACAACAAAAUAGAAAUUGGCCGCUUCGAGGAGGUUGUGCAACACAAAAAGAUGCUUUUUGAGAAGACAAAGAACUUGGCACAGGUCGAGGUUCUGGGAAUGAUUUGUUCAUCUGUCGAAAAUUGCCUCAAAGCUCUCCAGUACUCCUACGUCAAAAUGUUCUUUCUGCCCAGAGACGACGUCGCCUCAGAUUUGUUUCUGUAUCGACAAGAAGUCCUUGAAAACUCUGUGAUUCAGCUGGAGAAGAGUGUGAAAGAAAUGACCACGACUGGCCAGCUGCCAAUGCUGCUCGAGGAAGCUAUGAACUCAAAGACCAUCAUGAACAACUUGUGCCAAUGA